AUGGCAAAAUUUUUGGCGACAAUUAAAGCAAUAAUUACACGCCUGGUUUUCGCGUCUCACAGUUUCAUUGCUAUUUGGCAAGUUACUACAUUUAAAAAGAACCCUCUGUUUUGGUACCUGAGCUGUCCGAUUUUGUUACUGUUUUUUGAAGGCAUAUUUACGCUCACCAUAAAAGAAAAUCAAGAGUGGAAGUGGUUUUGUCCUUCAGUUUUCUUAUAUCUCAGCAGUGUAGUUCCUGCAAUAUGGCUUUUGGAAUUGGAUAAGGUAGACAGAAGGCUGAAAGCUUUUGAAACUAACAUGAACAUAUCAGAGGACUUUGAUUUAAAAAAUCUUGCUGCUGAAGACUUAAAACAGUUGGAAAAAGCACUGGGUGUGAACAUACAUCUACCUAACAUACAAAUAUCCACAGAAACCUGGGUGACUUUAAUUGAACAAUUUUUAAUGCUGAUUCUGAUAAUUGGAAGGUGGAUGUUGCCGAAGGGAGAUCUAACCCGGGACCAACUGAGCCAAUUAUUAUUGGUCUACAUUGGAACAGCUGCAGAUAUUAUAGAAUUCUUUGAUUCCUUUAAAGAAGAUCGUAUUGCACGUGAACCUGUGUUGGUAUAUUUGACUUUAGGUAUAUGGGCGUGGUCUCUGAUGCAAUUCACGGUUGUCCUGACAGCCACUAAGUCUAGGAAGUCAAGGCUGUCUUCCGGAAGCGCAGUAAAAAGGAGAGUACACACGGAGACCAGUUGUUGUAGCAUCGAUGUAUGGGGGAUUGCUUUGAACAUGGUUCUGCAGGAUGGGCCAUUUCUCGCGUUCAGGCUGAUUUUAAUCAUCCAUUAUCGCAUAGUCAGCUACAUGAAUAUAUUCUUCACCUGUAAGAAUACUCUGGUGAUACUGCUGCAGCUUUACCGACUGUACGUGGUACAGACAGAGAACAAGAGCAAGAAAAAGAAGAAACCUGAAAUAUCGAGUAUCAGUAUUAUUUCGAGGGAAGAUAUUUACAAAGAUACGAGAAAUAGAAAAGUUUCUGAGGAAAGAAGAAGGAAGAAAAGAAGAGACGUGGAGGCUAAUUACUCAGAUAGUGAAGAAACCACGGAAGAAGUCGAUAAAUUCGAUUCCUCUCCAAGAAACGUUAACCAUAUUCGAUUUUACAGAAAAAAGCGUCAAGACACUGGAUACUCUACCUCAAGCUCCAGAAAUUCUGGGAAACAUGGAAAAUCUCAACGAAUUGAAAACAGAAAAAAGUCUUCACGCAGAGCGGAGUACCAAAUCGAAGUUUCCAGCGAUGAGGAAAAACGUAGAAGAAAAUUGGACAGAAAAUCAUCGAAAAAGGGGGAUAAGAAAUUUUCCGAGAGUAUUAAGAUGAAAACUAGAAACGACGAUUCUAGAAAGAGGAGAAAGAGUAAAGAUGACAGUGAAGAAGAAUCGACCAUUGAAGAAGUAGCUGAUAAGACGAAUAGUGAAGAAAGUGAAUUGGAAUCUGAGAGGAAAAGGUACACUCAUCGAAAACGAAGGCAAAACAGAGACUGA